AUGAAGACUCCCUUGGACUUUCCUGGGGCCGUGCCCGGCACCGCUGCCCUGGGCGCGAGCGCCAUCUGCGUGCGCCUGGCGGGGCUCUCCGCGCGCCAGAGGACCGCGUGUGCCCGCCGGCCACGCGCCGUGGUGGCCGCGGGGCUCGGGGUGGAGGCGGCCGCCGCGGAGUGCUCGCGACUCUUCCGCGAGCAGCGCUGGAACUGCACGGGCAUCGGCGGGGCCGUGGGGAUGAUGGGCAGGAGGCUGCCCGUCGGGAGCCGUGAGGCUGCCUUCUUCCAUGCCCUCACGGCCGCCGCUGUCGCUCACGCCGUGACGGCGGCCUGCAGCCGCGGAGCCCUCGGCGGCUGCGGCUGCGAUGCCACCAAGGAGGGGCUGGCCUCGCCGCACGGCGGGGCCAACGGGGCCGUGGGCGGUGCUAACAUGAUCGUGGGCGGGGAUUACGGGACAGUAGGCGGAGCUUACCAGAGUGACACGGCGGUGGGCGGGGCUCACAGAGCGUGGGGCGGAACCCACGAGCGGAUGGGCGGUGCCUACGGCAUGAAGGGCGGGGUCAGCGGAACGGCGGGGAGGUCUAAGGGGGGUACGGCCGUGGUGGGGAGGGUCAACGGGGCGGCGGCGGGCAGAGCUAACGGCAUGGGGGGCGGGCUCUGGAAGGACGAAGCGGCGUGGCGGUGGGGCGGCUGCUCUGCGGACUUGGAGCACGGCGUGGAGUUCUCGCGAGAGUUCGUGGACGCGGGCGAGGCGGCGCACGAGGCCCGCGCGCUCAUGAACCUGCACAACCACGGGGCGGGGCGCGAGGCUCUGCGCAGGGCGAGCACCCUGCACUGUCGCUGCCACGGCAUCUCGGGCUCCUGCUCGGCCCGCACCUGCUGGGCCCUCCUCCCGCCGCUCCGGGAGGUCUCCCUGCGACUCAAGGCCAAGUUCAAGACCGCCCGGGCCGUGGAGGCCGUCCUGGCCACCCGGCACCGGCGUCCCGUGUUCCUCCACCUCAAGCGGCCUGACACCACCAGCACCAGAGAUGCGAAAAGCUGGAAGCCCCGCAAGCCCACCAAAGAGGAGCUGGUCUUCCUGGAGAAGUCCCCCGACUUCUGCGAGGAGGACGCGCGUGCCGGCGUGGCGGGCACGACGGGGCGCCGGUGCCAUCGACGGCCCGGAGCCGGGGGCUGCGAGAUUUUGUGCUGCGGUCGGGGAUACAACACGGUGCUGCUCCACCAGCACCACGUGGACGACGAUGAUGAUGACGUGGACGAUGAUGACGAUGACGUGGACGAUGAUGCUGAUGACGUGGACGAUGAUGAUGAUGAUGAUGACGACGGCUUGACUAGGGACGGCGAUGAUGGCUAUGGUGGUGGUGGUGGGCGCGCUGUGAAGAGAAGGUGCAAUUGCGCCUUCCACUGGUGCUGCCACGUCAGCUGCUCUGCUUGUGCGCGACACCAGCAGCGUUGGCGUCGUCGGAGACGCACGGAGGUCCACACCUGUAAGUAGGUGGUGCCGACACGGCGGGGAGAGCGCGGGGGAGAGCGUGAUCUGCGAUGAUGAUGGUGGUGGUGGUGGUGGUGAAGUUUGUGGUGGUGAUGGUGCUGAUGAUGAUAAUGGGUAAUUUAUGACAGUGAUGAUGAGGAUGAUGGAGAUCACAGUGACUGGUGACAUUGGUAAUGAUGAUGGCAGUGGUGUUGGUUGAGAUUAAAACGAUGAUCGGCAAUUGAUGGUUAUGAUGACACUCGUAGUGAUGAUACAAUAUUUUGGUCGUUGUAAUAGUGGUGAUGAUGAUGAUGAAAGUGAUGACUAUUGGGAUGCUCUUAUGUGAUCAUAGUGGUGGUGCUCAUGACGAGAAGAUCAUAGUGGAGAUGGUCAAGUUAGUGAUGAUGAUAAUGAUAAUUGUGUUGGUGAUGAAGGUUUGUGGUAUUGCUGCUGAUGAUGAUGAUAAGUACAGUUGCAAGAUAAUGUGAGAAUGGAGUUAAUGCACGUGCAGCACAUUUGGGAUUGGAUAUCAGUGGUGAGGCAAUAGCUAAAGACGCAAGCCAACAGACAGCUCUUGUCGCUGCACUCAUGGACAAUAGCUAAAUGCAAUAGCUAAAGACAAUAACUAAAGACACAAGCCAACAUACAGCUCUUGUAGCUACACUCAUGGACAAUAGCUAAAGACAAUAGCUAAAGACAAUAACUAAAGACACAAGCCAACAUACAGCUCUUGUAGCUACACUCAUGGACAAUAGCUAAAGACAAUAGUUUAAUACAAUAACUAAAGACAAUAGCUAAAUACAAUAACCGAAGACACAAGCCAACAAACAGCUCUUGUAGCUGCACUCAUGGGCCUGCGUGUCCUGUGCUGGCCCACAUGAAGCUUUGUCAAUGAAAAGAAAGAUGCUCCAUAAAGUGUCAUUAAUGCUAAUAGAUAUAAUAUAAAAUGUGAUUGGAGUGCAAUAUUAUUCUGUACUCUGGAUAAUAAAUAAUGGAUAU